AAGAGGAGCAGCUCAUGUUCAAGGGAUGAAAAACACAUUUCUCAUUUCAGGGAAAUAAACAUCCAUGCUAUAGGUGUGGGGACCUGUGUUUGAAGCUCAUCCAAGGGUGUCCAUGGGGGGCUAAUACUUCCCUGGGAGGGGACAAAGGAAGUCUUUUUGAAUCGGAUGCAGUAUGCGAAAUGAUUUCCCCAUCUUCAAAGCUUUCUUAGCACACGCCCUUGCCGCAAUUCCCCCCAACGCAAUCGGCCGGGUCCCGCAACAUUAGCACCGACCGGGGCAGCAUCAGCACCGUGUGGAAGCUGAGAAUCUCUCGCCAUGGCAGAGAGCAGUUGGGCGUCGUUGCUCCACUGGUCCAAGUGGAUGGCUUUGGCCAACGGAUCCUGGCACGCCUUGAUGGCUCAGGCCCCUGCAGAGGCCAUGCUUUUGCUGUCUUGGAUGCUCUCGAGCGACUCCACUUCACCAGCUUUGGCACCAAACGAAACUGACCGAAGGGACGCUGGUCCGACGGAACAAGGGACUGCGGUGAUGUUCAUGUCCAACCACCCCGUCUUCACGAAGGCCGUGGUGCCGCGCUUGCGUGAGGCUGCUGGGCGCUUCGUGGUGGUGAGCAGCGUCGCGGAGGUGGGGGAGUACUGCAAGGAGCUGGGGUGCGACUACAUCCACUUCCCCACCUGUGAGAAUGCCAUGCGCUUCGCGGCCAUCUGCAAGGAACAACCGGCCUAUGCUGCAGAAGUGGAGAAGACCUAUGAAGUGCUGAAGGAGUGGAAGCCGGACGUGAUGAUCACCUGUGGCUUCUUUGUGCUGCCCCCGCGGGCCGUGAAGAUCCCCAGCAAGGUGGCACUGAACCUCCACAACGCCAAGCUGCCUCUCUACCGCGGUGGCGUCGCGUACCAGGCGCAGAUCCUUCGUGGAGAGCCGACCUUUGAGUGUUGCGUUCAUGUGAUGACGGAUGUGAUCGAUGAUGCGAGGGAUGUGCUGGUGCGCAGCAGGCCCUUGUGCUUGGAAGGCAAGACGACCCUGGAUGCCAUCCAAGCCACGGCAGAGGUGGCGCCGCAGAUGAUCCUGGACGCACUUCACAUGGUGCUGUCCGAUGAAGUUCGAGAGCCUGAAGAAGUUCCCACAGGUGACUUACCGCACGCCUUUGGGGUCAAGAAGCAGACCUGGACCGAUGCGGCUGGCGUACGCUGGAGCUCCAAUUGCGGGGUGUUGUCCCGCGUGCGCAUCGAGUGGUCGGAGGACACCGCGGUGGACAUCGAGCGGGCCUCAAGGGCCUUUAACGUGCGGUACCACCUCUUCACAGACUAUCAAGGUCGACCCUUUCGUGUGGAUCACUGCAUGCUGCAGCCGGAGGCGACCACGAAGCCGCCGGGCCAGAUCCUCUGGGCCUCCGGACGUGGCGAAGACCUCCUGGUCGGGGUGGCCACCUGCGACGGGCGAGUGGUGCUGCUGCGAGGUCAGCUGGUGGAUGGCGCUGCGCCCGUUGGCGCUUUGGAAGUUGGGAGUCGUUUUGAGUCCGUGACCCUGGUGAGUGACUGGCUGAAGUACCCGAACACGGAUCGCCUGCCGGGCGGACUGCGCUACUGUUGACCGGUCGUGUUUGGAGACCAUGGGUCUUCUGUAUACCCCAUUGGGGUGUGAUCUUAAGUGUAGGCUUUUGUACAGCGACAUUGGAGUCCGAAGAGCAGCCUGGCUCUAGCUCUGGUGGCUUUCCCAGGCUGGACUCAUGGACUCUUGAAAUGGACCCAGCGAGAUUUGGGUUGAUCUCUUUGAGUUCCUUUUGUACAGUCAACCACCGUGAUGGAGCUUGGGUCCAGUGAUGGAGCUUGUCCUCCGCCGAAUCCAAACAACCAAGGUCUCUUCUGCUUCGGCUCCGAGAAAGACGUAUGCUUCCUGGAACGGUGUUGUCACUUGCAAGCCCAAUCCAUCAACGUGUAUAGUAUAGCCUUUUAGUAUAGCAGUAUAGCCUUUCCUGACACUGUCCUGGAGGAUGACAGAUGCAUAGUCACUCCGAAUGUCCCAACUCCAUUGGCUAUGCCAAAUGACAGUGUCCUUGCCAGCCAUGUGACUCAAACUUUGGCACAUCUGGCACUCCAUUGGCACUCUUGCUUAAAUUGCUCAGCAAGAAAA